AUGUAUUACACACGUUCCAAAAUAAGAGUAAAGCAGCCAUUUGCCCUUCUCUUCCAUCGACACAUACGUAUCCAAAACCACACAAACCGCCAUAAACAUCCGGGAUUCUUUAAUUGUUUCGGAUCAGUUCCUCUCUGUUCUCUGUUUUCAAUUUUCUUUGAAAAUUUAACAAAAACGGAAAGGGAGAAGAGAGCAUUAUUAAGAGUUCAAAACAGGAUUCAUAAGAAACCCAUCAUCAAAAGAAACAAGAAAAGAAUAUUGCUCAAGAAAGUUGUGGACUAUCUAAAAUCAGAUACUUACAUGUUUGCCCCUUUGAUCUCUUUAACAUCAACUCAUCAAUUUCUAGAAUCAAGGAUCGUCUCUUCUUCCACUAGCAGAGUGGAAAUGAAGGAUUACAUGAAAGGUAGGAAUGAAAGCUGCUUGCGGGAGAAGGUUGUGAACUAUCUCAAAUCUGAUUAUUUCUUCUAUGCUCCCCUGUUUGCUCAUCGACGUUUUGGUGAAUACUAUAAGCGGGACACCAUGGAAGUCUCGAUGGAGAAAUCAAUUAGGAAGGACGAUGAAUCCACUGUUAAGGCAUCAAAUGUAACAGCAGACGAGGAAUGCACCCAGAUCCGCAAUCUUCCUGAAAGAAGUAUUUCAGGUCUGCAAAAGUUGUAGCACAGGGAAUCGGCGAAGCACAUGGUGUACCAAAGUUUGUCGUUCAUCUUCUGUGUCAGGUCAUAUUCCUUACCAUUUGCUUUGUUACUUAACCUGAUUUCAUUGUCGACUUCCCCAAAUUUUGCCUAAUCUUGCUGGCAAUUUGGAUGACUUAAGGCUACCUUUUCAUCAACUCUCCUUUCAGACAGGGCUCUAUGCAUGCAAACAUUUACUGGGAAAUAGUGGACUGAAUUAUAAGGUUUAAUGGUGAUGCAUACGUUUCUCUUCUAUAAUUGAUUGUGCUCUCAUUGAAGUUCAAAUUUGUACACUCACAUCACAUCUGAAAAUUGAAAAAGAUUCUAAUAGCACUGAGUUAAAGCUCACUAGUGACUGUGAUGCAUACCUAACUGUAAAGUGGGAUGCAUUAUUAAAAAUUAUUGAUGGAAAUUGGAGCAUAAAGCAUAAUAUUUGACAUUGUAAGCUAGAUGGUUUACCGUUCACCAUUCUCCAUUCUUUUUAUGUAACAGAACAAUACUUGUGGAACCGAUUUGAGUAAUUACUAGUAUAUAAGAAUGUUCCAUAUAUACAUAUAUUGUCAAUUUCCUUGCGAAUUAAUAGAAAAUCAAGACUUUCUUCCUUUUGUUCCUCAACGGGGAAAGGUAUGCUCCACUCACAGCUAAAGAAGCUUCUUGUUGACUAAACUAUUGCAGAAACUUGGCAAGUAGACAUGCAAAGCAUUUUAUGGUUUCGAAUGUAUUGAAAUUUUUAAUGCUGGUGUUUUCUUUGUUGAAAUCUUUUGUUGGGGUGUUCACGAGUGCAAAUGUGUGUACUCAAGUUGGUAAUUGUAAGUUAGCAAUUAAUUAGGCUUCUAAAUAUCAGGUAAGGUGUGCUCAAAUUACUUUUGACAGGUUGGGAAAUGUUGUUUGUCACUCUGUGGAAAUUAUUUGUCGUUUACUCGGCAUUAUUUUUUGCAGUUGAGAAAAAUAUUAUCUUGAAUAAAGUUAUUUGAGAUCAUGGAAAUUUGAUUUGGUA